AUGCGUGGAAACGAAAGCGCAGAGGAACUUGACGAUAUUCUUCAAACACUGAACGAUGAAAAAGCUAUUGUUCUCAUACCUGCUAUGGUGUAUUGCGGAUUUCUCAUGAUUCUUGGAACUACAGGAAAUCUUAUGGUAGUGUAUUUUUACGGGUUCCAUUCCAAAACCACUUCAGCGACGUGUUUCAUCCUAGCUCUGGCAAUAUUCGACCUUAUAGCCUGCCUGUUCGGGGUUCCUAUAGAAAUCUCGGAUCUACGAUUGUUUUAUUUGUUUAAAAGCGUUCCAGCAUGUAGGUUACUCGUGUUUGUAAACCAUUUCGCAGUGAUUGCUUCAGCGUUCACGUUAUGUUUUAUAGCGAUAGACAGAUACAAGCGGAUUUGCAAACCGUUUGAACGUCAGAUGACUGUCAGAACGGCGCGUACAAUCAUAGGCAUCAGCGCCAUGUUUGGCGUCAUUCUUGGCUGGCCGUCGAUCGCGCUUUACACGGUUGAAAUUGUGAAUAUCAAUACAACAUACAAAGGAGAACCUAUAACAAUUGCUGGAUAUGAUUGUACGUCAGUGAAAGACGAAGCGUACGGACCGUACAAUAUGACGUUUAGUGCUAUACAGUUUCUUGGAUUUUUCGGUAUAACCACUGCUUUGAUAGUGUGCUACUUUCUCGUUGGACGUCAGUUGUAUAAGCAUAAGAAAUUUAGAUUUUACGUUGCACAGAAAGGAUUACGCCGGACGGCAAGUGGAAACGUCACAACGAUGACAACGUCAAAUACGGAGUAUGAGUCAUCGGACCCCGCAGCGACGUCAAUACCGAUUGCGUCCAUACCGGAAGAGGACGAGGAGGAGGAAUUAGAGGAAGUUGAAUACGAUGGACCAGACGACGACCCGCCACCGAUGCAAGAAUCUAUUCCGGACCUACGCGAACUUCUUGAGCUUGACGCCAAUGGUCUGCCAACCGUCGAUAACGACCGACCGCCGUCAGCGUGGCAUGAUAUAUUAGGACCUGGACGUCCUCUGUCGAACUGCAGUCGUCCGAACUCCAUCCUUACCGAUCUCAGUGGACGAUCGAGGGGAGGGAGCAUUAUGACAGUGAAGAGCGUUGUCAUUUGUGACGCCAGCGAGAACGAAGUGUUCAGCAUAGAACCACGUGACAAAUCUCAGAUGCCAGUGUGGCGUCCACGUAGCGCCAUGAGCGAUUCCACAUGGUCCAACAGUAUCACGCGGCCGGGGAGCGCGAGCAGCAUAAACGAGUUUUUACGACCGUCAAGCGUUUCGUCGAUUCGAAGCAUUCCGGACGAGAGUGAUCAUAAGAAACGUGAAAAUGAGAAUAAUCAAGUGAAUAACGUGAUACCAAUACCUAACGUAACGUCAAAACUAAAGCGUACACGAAGUGACGGUGUGGUAGACAGCAAGCGUUUACGUCGAAAUAACAGUAGUAAAAGCAUCACGGGGAGCAAGAUAACGUCUGGCUUACGUAGAACGGCGAGCGAAGGCAACGCGACAGUUAAACGCACUAGCUCAACCGGAAGUUUAUCACCACGCAAGGGUCUGCGCAGAACCGGAAGUACCGAAAGCAACAAGUUAAACACUGAUACGGAUAAUCUAAAGGAUAUGAGAAUGAAGUUGUUGGACAUAAACACGAUCAAGUAUACCAUAAUCAUGAUUAUCAUCGCCUCUGUGUUCAUACUGAGUUGCGUCCCUUAUUUAAUCCUCGCCGUUUGGCGCGUUUAUUCUCAUGAAAAUUUGGUAUACGAGUUUUCUAACACUCACUUAGUAUUGUUCCAGAUAGGAAUAAGAUCGUAUUUUCUAAACUGUGCUAUUAAUCCAUUUAUCUACGGGUUUUUCAAUUCUCAAUUUAGGGCUCAUUUUUAUAAAGCGUGGUGUUGGUGCUGUGAGUCAAAGACAACCGAGGACAAUGAUGAAAAUGACACUCACAGACAUAAAAGUCCUCGCAGAAAUAACUAUACAUAGUUCUGCGAUGUACAAGUGAACAACAAAUCGUUAACAAUCGUGCUAACAAUACAUCUAAUGCAUUUGGGUGAG